AUGUGAAGCUGUGAGCCUGUGUAAGGAAAGAGUGUAGUACAGCGGCCUGCGGUUGCCGGAGUUAGUGUGGCCAUCCCCAGCCUCAUCAUUAUCAAGAUUCCGGCAUCAUGGCGCCUAGCAGUGACUCGGCCGAUAACGUGAUCUCCAGGGCUUCCCAGCUGGCUGAUUCGCAUUUAUACGUAGUGCGGAAUAUCAGCACAGGGUUGGCAAUAGCUGGAGUCAUUUUGUGUGCAAGAAGUAUAAAGCUGUUGACAAAGUUUACGAAUGUGAAAGACAUCCCAGACAAAUUCAUACAGAAGAAUUUAAAGCUCCGUGGGAAAAUAGUCUGUGUGACGGAACAUGCGAUAGAAGUUGAUCACAUUCCUAUUACUCUUCCUAUUUUGGCAUCUUUUCAGAAGAGGUGGCAUGGUCAUGGUACUCUGUUGGUUAGACUUGCAGGAGUGGAAUUAAGUCAGAGUGGUAAGGUUUGGUUACAAAACCACCUACAGCCGUCACAGAUGCUGUGGUUUCAGCUGCUGAACAGGGAGGAGUCUGUCCUGGACUGUUUCAUUUUUGUUAAAAAGCGAUGGUUCUUCAAUGAAUGCCUGAACGUGUUACUAGUAAGAGAAGGGCUUGGAAGGACAGCUUCUACUCCCAGCAUACAGCAAGACCCAAGGCAUAACUGGCCAUUUUACAAACAACUAUUGCAAGCAGAAGUCCGGGCACAGAAGGCAGGGAAAGGCGUUUGGAAACCCGACAGCCAGCUUAAUUUGACAAAUAAAAUACUUCAUAAUGGUAUUCUUCAGCACAUGAAGCACCUAAUCCGUUCCUUAGUAACUUGCUGGAAAAAAAUCAAGUCAUGAAUGGGAUUUUUGUUUUGUUACUGCUGUAUACACAUAUGUAAAAAGUUAAUAUUUCAUUUUUUUUCUUUUGUGUCCAAACACCUUGUGGAUUAGACUGGUUCCCUCUAACUUUACAGGCUCAGUAUUGGUUUAGACCACAGAAUGCUGUCUGUCUGCUUCAGGUAUAUGUGUAGGAUAGAUGGAUUGGCUGCAGCACUCAUCUGUACUGUUCAUCUUUAGCAAUACAGAAACCUUUCUACAGCUGCAUUCAGCAUUCAAAUCUGAGAAAAGCACUGGACAUAAAUGAAAGGAAAACGUUGCAAAGAGUUAAGUCUAAAUAGACGGAAGCCAAUGCGAAUCCCACUCAUCACCUCAUCUGGAUUCUGGAGUACCAGCUGCAUACUUGCCUACUCUCCUGGAUUGGCCGGAAGGCUCCCGAACAUCGAGUAUCCCUCCAAGCCUCCCCCCAACCCCCACCCCCACCCCCCCCUCCGGGGGAGUGGGCAAAACUCCGGAUUACAGCAGCGGCACUGAGCUCCAGAGAGACACACCCCUUGGAACGUCAUUAUUCAACACUUACUGGAUUUCAUAUGUGGACACAGUAAUUAACCCUUUUAUUACAAGCAGAGACCAUUUUGUUACCAAUAUUAGUCACAGAGACUAUACCUAUAUAUGCAUAAUAUUUCUCAGCCCAGGUUGUAUAUUUAAUAUGUACAUUGGGGGUCAUUCCGAGUUGUUCGCUCGUUAUUUUUUUCUCGCAACGGAGCGAUUAGUCGCUAAUGCGCAUGCGCAAUGUCCGCAGUGCGACUGCGCCAAGUAAAUUUGCUAUGCAGUUAGGAAUUUUACUCACGGCAUUACGAGGUUUUUUCUUUGUUCUGGUGAUCAUAGUGUGAUUGACAGGAAGUGGGUGUUUCUGGGCGGAAACUGGCCGUUUUAUGGGAGUGUGUGAAAAAACGCUACCGUUUCUGGGAAAAACGCGGGAGUGGCUGGAGAAACAGAGGAGUGUCUGAGCGAACGCUGGGUGUGUUUGUGACGUCAAACCAGGAACGACAAGCACUGAACUGAUCGCAGUGGAAGAGUAUGUCUCGAGCUACUCAGAAACUGCACAGAGAAGUCUUUUCGCAAUAUUGUGAAUCUUUCGUUCGCAAUUUUGAUAAGCUAAGAUUCACUCCCAGUAGGCGGCGGCUUAGCGUGUGCAAAGCUGCUAAAAGCAGCUUGCGAGCGAACAACUCGGAAUGACCCCCAUUGCUUUUAUAUAUAUAUUUGAGAAUCCAUGUGCUGUUUUUAAUAAAAAUCAACAUUCUACAUA